AACCAAGCCUAGACCACCUUCUCAAGCCUCAACCUAGCUCUCUCUCUCUCUCUCUCUCUGAUACAAAGCCAUGGUGGUUGUGAAGGUCAUCGUGAUCAUCGCCAUAACCAUGGCUUUGUCCAUUGCUCUGGCCAUGAAAAGCAUUGGCAAAGUGGAGGAAAAGAUGCCUUUUCCACACACUGAGACUUCUUACGAUUAUCCGAAAGAGCUGCCCAUUAAGGAAAAGAAAGUACUGCAAUUGCCUUCAAAAAGGGUGAGUCGCUUCCUUGCGGAGAGGAACCCAAAUGCAGCCGACCACUGCAACAAGGACGAGGAAAUAUGUUAUGUCAAAGAAGGCACAAACUACACCUGCUGCAACAACAAGUGCGUGGAUUUGUCCACUGACAAAGACAACUGCGGUGCAUGCAAGAACAAGUGCAAGUAUACCGACGAGUGUUGCAGAGGGGAGUGCGUGGAAGUGGCUUACGACGAGAGGCACUGUGGUUCCUGCAAUCACCCUUGCAAAACAGGCGAAUAUUGCUUUUAUGGAUUGUGCAAUUAUGCGUAA